GCGAUUUGAGGAGCAGCACACUCGCGUUGAAUGACCCAAGUUUAAAUUUAAGGGCUUUUUUUUAAAAAGUCUUGUACAAUAAGUUUUUUCCAGACAUUUUUCAGACAUGUCGUCGUUCAGAAAAGCCUUAAAAUCCCGACAGAGAAGCCACCAUGAACAAUCUCAGCCUGCCUUUAGGAAGCAUUUGGGACUCCUGCAGAAGAAGAAAGACUACAAACUCCGUGCAGAUGACUACCACAAGAAGCAAAACACCCUCAAAGCCCUUAAGAAGAAGGCUCUGGAGAAGAAUCCAGAUGAGUUCUACCAUAACAUGGUCAACUCACAAAUAAAGCGGUUUGACUUGUCCGAACACCUGAACACUGUCCCCGAGCUGGUGGAUGGAGCGUACAACAGGCCGACAGUGGACACGCUGAGGACCAAGCGCUUUCCCAGAGACAUACAGCCCAUCCACCUCGUGAAACUGUCCAAGAAACAGUCCUUGGAGUACAGGCUUCUUUCCCAAAGGAUCGACCGCGAAAGCAAAUUGUUUGUCAUCAGCCAGAAAAUCCAGGCCCACAAGGACCUACAGGAUAAAACCAAGAAAGUGAAAGUAAAGGACGAGACACCUGGUUCUGCUCCCAUCUACAAGUUUGACACCAAGAGGAAACGCUGAGUCCGCCACAGUGCUCAAAUUUAUUGCUGCUACUCGUUGUACAUACAAACACUUCUUUUCUCUGCUAGCUAUUAAACAAUACAAUA